AUGCCACCACUUGAAGGAGGUAGUGAUGGUGAGUCGCCAAAUGAAGAGGAAUUUAAUGCACCCGAGGGUCACUUUGGGACCGCAUUGGUUGCAAGGAGAGCAUUAACUACACGUGUUAAGGAGGAAGAGCUUCAACGGGAGAACAUUUUCUACACCAGGUGCUUUGUCAACCAAGCACUUUGUAGUGUGAUUAUUGAUAGUGGGAGCUGCACAAAUGUAGCUAGUUCACUCAUGGUGGACAACUUGAAGCUGCCUACAAGGGAUCACCCGCGACCCUACAAACUCCAGUGGUUCAACAAUUCUGGGGAGGCUAGUCAUAUUAGACUAGGUAGGCCGUGGCAGUUUGACAGGCAGAAAGAAAAUGUGAGCGCUAAGGCAAAAAAAGGAGAGGAAAAAGCUAUAGAUAGCUCAACAAGUGAGGUAAAAUCCGAGGAAAAACAAAUGCUCCUGAUAAAAGCCAAGAAAGUGAGGAAGUUAAUGAGAGAUGAGCAGCCGCUUCUUAUGCUUGUUAGCAAAGAAGUAGCUCUAAAUGUGCAUGAACUUGAUACUAACAGACCUCUUGAGAUUGAUUUCGUCCCUGGAGCUUCAUUGCCAAAUCAAACAGCUUACAACCCGGAGGAGACUAAGGAGUUGCAAAGGCAAGUGGAUGAAUUGCUUGGCAAAGGAUGGGCUCGUGAGAGUUUGAGUUCGUGUGCUGUCCCAAUCAUUUUAGUGCCCAAGAAAGAUGGUACGUGGAGGAUGUGUACCGACUGUAGAGCUGUAAAUGCCAUCACGGUAAAGUAUCUCCACCCUAUACCUCGCUUAGAUGAUAUGCUUGAUGAGUUACAUGGGACUGUAUUCUUUAUCAAAAUUGAUCUCAAAAGUGGCAAGUCAUACGAUGAACACCUUGAGCAUAUUAGGGCGGUUAUGGAUGUAUUUCGACGAGAGAACCUUUAUGCCAAUCUCAAGAAGUGCAAUUUCUACACUAAUGAACUUGUGUUUCUAGGGUUUGUUAUAAGUGUGCAAGGAAUGAAGGUGGAUGAUCAAAAGGUGAAAGCUAUUCAAGAGUGGCCAACACCAAGGUCUGUGGGUUAUGUUCGAAGUUUUCAUGGACUUACGGGUUUCUAUAAGAGAUUCGUGAGGGACUUUAGCACCAUUGCUGCACCCUUGACCGAAUUGAUCAAGAAGAAUGAGAAUUUCCGCUGGAGAGAUUCUCAAGAAAAGGCUUUUACUGCUUUAAAGCACAAACUCACACACGCACCUGUACUUGUCUUACCUGAUUUCUCUAAAAUAUUUGAGAUCGAUUGUGAUGCUUCAGGUAUUAAAGUUGGAGCUGUGUUGAACCAAGGUGGAAAGCCUAUUGCCUACUUUAGUGAGAAACUCAAUGGGGUUGCACUGAAUUACUCAACUUAUGAUAAAGAGUUGUAUGCCCUCAUUUGA